GACGACUAGAGGGUAUUUGAAGAAUCUGUGUUAAUCUCAACAACUAAUUCUAAUGCAGGCAUGUCUAGCCAUAGUCAUAAAAUUUCGUACAGCAACGGGUUUCAACGCGCGCGCUUCAUCAUGACUAUUCGGGGAAUAAUUCGACCUCCAAUCCACCUCGUAUUCCCCGUUUUAUUUUUAGUUUUCCCCUUUGCCAACGCCCAAAAUUCUAAACUUCUAAAACUCACUCACAUGCCCCCACAGGAUGCACUCAUGAAUUGGAUAUCUCGAUAUGUUGUUGUGAAGUAGCCCAUUGCCAAUGCCGUCAAAUGACACCAACCCAAUAUGUUAAUUGACGUAA